UUGUCAUCCCAACCGCUUCCUACUUCCUGCAUCAAAACAUUCCGGUGUUUGUAUGCGGCGGUGGGCUUUAACGGAGCUUUCCCGAGCUGUGUAAGGUAUUAUGGCUGCUAACAGCAGCACCGGUUCGGCCACCGAGCCUCCAGGACUGGAGACCCAGCGGCGGGAGAUCGACAGCCUCAACCAGAACCAGCAACUCCGCGCCGGGGACAGCUGGUAUUUGUUGGACAAAAGAUGGUUCGAUCAAUGGAAAGAGUAUGUGGACACCGGGGACCAAAAUUCCUCCUCUUAUCCUGGGAAGAUUGACAACACAGAGCUCUUUCAAGAUCUGGAUUCCUACCAUCUGAAAGAGAGGUUGGUGGAAAAUGAGGACUUUGUCCUGGUCCCAGCAGAAGCCUGGCACAAACUCUUGUCAUGGUAUGACAUGAUGGACGAUCAGCCUCCAUUGGAGAGAAAGGUCGUUGACCUUCCCAGCACUGUUAAAGUCGAGGUCUACCCUGUGGAGGUUUACCUCUGUCUCUCUAGCAACCUGGAGAAUACUGUACCGGCACGAUUCAGUCGGGCAGACAAGAUACAUGCCAUACAUCAGAUGGUACGGCAGCAGUUUGAAGUGUCAGAUACUGCUGAAAGCCGAAUGUGGAUGAGGAGUACAGAUACAAGCUCGGAGAGGCUACGCAACCUUAACAUGUCUGUACUGGAUGCCUGCCUCAGCUCUGGCAUGACAGUGAUCAUGGAGAUCAGGAAUGUAGAUGGGACGUGGCCCACAUCCAGGCCUCAGAUCAUGCGGAACUCUGCUGACGAUCAGGACUCAUAUCGUGGUCCUCCAGGAGUGUGUGGGCUUACAAACCUUGGCAACACCUGCUUCAUGAAUUCAGCCUUACAGUGUCUGAGUAACAUACCACCACUGACUGAGUACUUCCUAAAGAACUUGUAUCUGGAGGAGCUGAACUUCUCCAACCCUCUAGGCAUGAAGGGUGAAAUUGCAGAAGCCUAUGCUGAUGUCAUCAAACAGAUGUGGUCAGGGAGGCACUAUUCUGUGGUUCCCCGGGUCUUUAAGACUAAGGUCGGACACUUUGCGUCACAGUUUCUGGGCUACCAACAACAUGACUCUCAGGAGCUGCUGUCCUUCUUGCUGGAUGGUCUUCAUGAAGACCUCAACCGAGUCAAGAAGAAGGAGUAUAUUGAACUCGGGGAUGCAGACGGCAGGCCUGACCAGGAUGUGGCUGAGGAAGCGUGGCACAACCAUCUACGGCGGAAUGAUUCGGUCAUCGUUGACACAUUCCAUGGGUUGUUUAAGUCAACGCUGGUGUGCCCAGAAUGUUACAAGGUCUCUGUGACCUUUGACCCCUUCUGCUACUUGAGCGUGCCCUUACCUGUCAGUAAAGAGAGAGUCAUGGAGGUUUUCUACGUCUCCCUCGACCCCACGGCCAAACCAGCCCAGUAUCGGUUGAUUGUCCCUAAAGCUGGCCGAGUGUUUGACUUGUGCACUGCACUCUCUCAGGCAACAGACGUCCCACCCAGCCAGAUGGUUGUGGCUGAUGUGUUCAAUCACCGAUUUUAUAAGAUUUAUCAAGCUGAUGAGUUCUUAAGCUCUAUACUGGACCAGGACGACAUAUUUGUGUAUCAGCUGAGCAACGGCUCUGUGGACCAGGAUGGUGAGGAGGUGGUUCUGGCAAUCUACUUGCGUGAGCGCUCUCACUACAGAGAUUACGGCUCGGGCAGUAACAGUUAUGGCACCUCUCUGUUCGGUCACCCGCUGCUGAUGUCUGUACCACGCGCUCAAUGCACACAAGAAGAGCUUUACCAGCUCCUACUGAGAAGGCUGUCGCGAUAUGUCCGUCCCCCAGACCCCUCAGAAGAAGUAGAGGAAGAAGAGGAGGGUGAGGAUGGAGGAGAGGAAGAAGAAGAGGAAGAGUUGUGCAAAGCUCAGACCAAUGGAGUUAGUGAUGAUGAGGGUGAGGAAGACUCUGAGGAGGCGGGCCCAUCCAAGAAAGAGGAAGAGCAGUCAAGGGAGAGCAGUCAAGCUGAUGGACAGAACAAUGGCCUGCCAGAAGCCAGCCCGGGCAGCAAGGGAGAGGAGAGAGCUGAGGAGUCGUCGUUAAAAAGUGAACCAGACCGGGGCAGCAGUACAGAUGAGAGCCAAUCAGCAUGCGGCAGCACCGACAUCAACUUCCAAGAUGCCAAUGAUGGGGAUCAAAGUGCUGCCGCAGAGCCCUCAGGAAAAGAGGAAGAGGAUGAAGACGAGGAGGAAGAUGGAGAAGAGGCUGCAACUUGUGCGCAGGCAAAUAAAAGGCUUCCCGGAAGACGGCACUUCGGACUGAGGCGUAAAAAAGCCCUGUUUACAAUUCAGGCGGUGAAUUCUAAUGGCACCACAGAGCGAGGGAUGGGCGAGGCGGGCAGCAGCUUUUCUUUCAGCUCUCAGCCAUACAUUGCCAUUGACUGGGACCCUGACAUGAAGAAGAAAUACUACAAUGAGAACGAGGCUGAGAAAUAUAUAAAGCAUCAAAGCAUGGACGUCCCUCACCAGCAGAUGACAGUACAGCUGCAGGAAUGUAUAGCACUCUUUACCACAGUAGAGACACUGGAAGAAGAAAACCCCUGGUAUUGUCCGACGUGUAAAAAGCAUCAGCUUGCCACUAAGAAAUUGGAUCUGUGGUCUUUGCCGGAGGUUCUUAUCAUUCAUUUAAAGCGUUUCUCCUACACCAAGUACUCUCGAGAGAAACUGGAGACAAUUGUGGAUUUUCCUCUGCGGAAUUUGGACUUCUCAGGUUUUCUCCUAAAGAAGAUGGUGAACAGUGCUGAACCUCCCUGCAGAUACGACCUAAUCUCUGUGUCCAACCACUACGGUGGACUCCGAGACGGACAUUAUACUAGUUAUGCCCGGAACAAGGACAAUAGCCAGUGGUAUUACUUUGAUGACAGCAAGGUGACCUUUGCAAGGGAGGAACAAAUUGUGACGAAUGCCGCUUACCUCCUGUUCUACCAGCGCCAAGACAAGAUCCGCCAGCCCACCGUCCCUCCACCCGUACCCUCAUCCACCCAGCCAGAAAACCACAUCACAUCCCAGACCCACGAUGGAGUGGAUGGAGCCAUUUCCUGUGUCAGCAUGGAGACUGACUGAUUUUCGUCUGUCCUUCCAUCUGCUUUUUCUAUUUCUCGCUACACUUCCGUCUUUCCAUCUCUUAUUAUUUCCUCCUUCACAUUCUAUUGAUCAUCCUUUUCCUCUCUCAGAUUCAUGAGGGAUUUUUUGAUUUGUUUAGUCUUACUCAACAGAAACUUGAACCUCUGCCUCUGCUCUGACUCCUACAGGAAGUGGGUGGCAGAGGCUACUCACUCAGGCUGGUGCAAGAGCAUCAUGGGGUGGGAAUGCAGAUUUUUUUGUUUUUCUUAACGACAUACUCAAGGAAAGUGGUUAGGCUGGUGGCCAGUGUAGAGAUUGCGUGCUGAUUUGUCUGCAUUGCUCCAACAAUGAUGAGAAUCUGGUGAAUGAAGUUGCGCUGCAGCAGAGUUUGUGGUCAGCCAUAUGGUCGUUUGCACUGCAGUUCAUCAUCACAUGCUAACAUCAAUGCAUUUUUUUUCUUUCUUAAGUUUGCUUUUCUGAGCUAGCUAAGCUGCUAUCCACAGUGAUGUUUGAUCUACAUGCACAACACUGGGCCAAGUUCCACUGCUCGACUGCUUUUAUGUUGAAGCUAGCAUCAGGAACCAUCAGAACUUCUGGGGUUUUUCAAUCACUUCUGGUUGUUCCAUUAGAAAUGUUGGUUUUCCGUAAGAAGUUCUGUUUUUUUCCAUCAGAACCUUUGGUUCAUCCAUCAGAACUUCUGGUAUUCCCUUCAGAUCCUUUGGUUGUUUCAUCAGAACUUCUUUUUGCUCAGAACUUUUUGUUGAUCCAUCAGAAACUUUGGUUGUUUCAUUAGAAAUUCUGUUUGUUUUUCCAUCAUAAUCUUUGGUUGUUCCAUCAGAAACUUUGGUUGUUUCAUCAGAACUUUUGGUUGUUCCAUCAGAAACUAUGGUUGUUCCAUUAGAAAUUCUGUUUGUUUUUCCAUCAUAACCUUUGGUUGUUCCAUCAGAACUUCUUUUUGCUCAGAACAUUUUGUUGUUCUAUCAGAAACUUUGGUUGUUUCAUUAGAAAUUCUGUUUGUUUUCCAUCAUAAUCUUUGUUUUUUCCUCAGAACUUUUGGUUGUUUCAUCAGAAAUGUAGUUUUUCCAUCAGAAACUUUGGUUGUUCUGUCGAGACCUUUGGUUAUUCCAUCACAACUAUUGGUUGUUCCAUGAGAACCUUCGUUUUUUCCAUGAGAAACUUUGGUUGUUCCAUUAGAACUUUUGGUUGUUCAAUCAAAACUUUUGGUUGUUCCAUUAGAACCUCUGGUUGUUUGAUCAGAACUUUUAUUUUUUUCCAUCAGAAAUUUUGGGUGGCCCAUCAGAACUUCGAGUUGUUCCGAGCAGCAACGUUCAUUGUGGUAGUUUGUAGCAGGGAUGGAGGAUCUCUGUCAGGAAUCUCUGACAUCAUUGUCAGAAAUCCAACUAAUGCAAUAUGAUUUUUGCAAUCUUCUUGUAAAAAGUGGGAAAUAAGAUGGAGGUAAAAAAAAAAAAAAGCUUUGUAUCCACUCACUCGUGAAUUAUUUAUUUUCAUAAUGCCAGAUGCUAAUAUGGAGUGAGAGAGCUGUAAUUCUGAUUCUCAAGAGCGAUGUCAAAAGGCUUCUAAAGAUCUUUCAUUUUUAUUUUUCAUUAUUGUGAUCGUUUUUAUUCUGCUGUCGUAAUGGCCCCCUGUUGCAGAACACAAACGGAGGCAUGCUUUCCAGAGAGAAUUGCAUUUUUAUUGUAAACAAAAGGAAAAUACACAGCAGGAUUUAAAUAUCACAUUAAGUUGGACUAAUUGUGUGCAAUUUAUAAUGAACUCUUUGGAGCAAUGAGAAUAUUUCAGCAAAGUGCUUUCUGGAUAGAGCUCUUUAUUGUGUUGAUUUUUAAGGCGCCUCUGUACAGUAUUUUUGUAUUGUAAUAAAUGAUGUAUUAUCUUUGAUCAUCUGGAUCAGAUGCUGGGGAUGGGAGAGCUUUCAUUUUAUUUUGUUAAUAAUUAUAAAAUGAAUAUAUAAUUGUAUACACAUCUUUUGAUAUGAAUAAAUUAUGACUAUAAAGUUAAGGAUUUUACACUUUGGACACAUUUGGCUUCCAUUACAUUGUUUUACCUCUGAAUAAAGGGACGUGUAGGGGCA